AUGAGUUUCCCUGCUUCGUCACCAGCACCACCACCAGCAGCAUCCAUCACCCGCACGGUGGUCCACGCGAGGAAGAAGCAUCAUGAGGGCUUCCAGCCGGCGGAGUUCGGCCGGUGUCUCCUUGACUACUUCGACAUUCACGACGAUUUUGGGCGGGUGGAAUGUUGGCUUGAGAACAACAUCGUGUACCUCCAGCCCCCGUCACCACAGGGAAGGGCGCCCAACACCACCAGUGCUGACCAGCCCGUGGCCUUCAGGUUCCAGCAUCCGCCCUUCUGCGUCGCUCACAAGAUCAAGCCGGAGCAGAAGAAGGCCCUUCCCCCGGAGACCUUGGCGCGGGGUGUGGACGUGGGUGUGAGCGUCCUGCUGGAGGCUAGCGACGGACACCUCCUGAUGACCCGCCGGGCUCAGCACAUGAGGACCUUCCCUGGGGUGUGGGUCCCCCCUGGCGGCCAUGUUGAGGAAGGCGAGACACUGGUGGAGGCGGGCCUGCGGGAGGUGAUGGAGGAGACGGGACUGGAGAUGCUGCUAAAGGACGAAGAGGAGGAAGACGAGGAGGGGAUAGAACAAACGUUGUUGAAAGACAAGAACGAAGCCUCGCAGAAGGAGAAGGGUAAUCCAUCGUCGUCUUCACCCUCAGAAGGAAAAUGCCGAGUGUUGGGUCUGUGGGAGUCGCUGUACCCGCCUGUCCUCUAUAUGGGGGAGCCCACGAGGCACCACCUGGUGGUCUACCUCCACAUCAGGGUACCUCUCACUGCCUCCGACCUGCAGAGGAAGCUCAAGCUGGACAGCAACGAGGUGGACGCGUGCCUGUGGCUGACGCAGGAGAUGGCGGAGGUGGUGGUCUUCGGGUCCAACAGACCCGCCUCAAGGGACAUACCCAUCACACUAGUUAACACCGAGGGAGAGCACGUGACUGGGAUCCUCAACCCGAAGACCCUCAGGAAGAAGAUGCCGGAACCGGGCUUCGAGGUGGAGCGCCUCACCACAGGAACCAGGUACGCGCUCAAGCUGUGGCUUGAACAACGACACGGAAGGGAUGAGAUGCGAGGUGAUCAGGUCAACUGGGGUCACGUGCAGGUCAGGAGACGACGCAGGAACGCCCAGUUGCCUGCUCAAUUACGUCGCAGAAUGCCCACCCAGCGACGGAUCUUUACAACUGACGCGCCAGUUACAUCGUCGGGAGCCGUAACAGACAGUUGGUAGUCAGUGCGGGUUUUACUACCUUCUCUCGCCAGCCUGUCACCCGGUCAUGCUGUCUCCUUCCAGCCUGUAGCUACUGAAAACUCCUUUCUCCUUCCCUCAGUCUUAACCAAGGCAGGCUUCAGCCUUCGUUUCUGGUCAGUUUUUAACUAUAGCAGUUUGUAUCCCUCCAGUCUAUGGAAGAUUGUACUUGCCUUUCAUCUAGCCUGUGGCAAAACGCUAGCAGUUUCCAGACCAGGCUGCAUUCAGACCAGAAUGCAGCCUGGUAUGCAGCCUGGCCUGGUCUUUGAUUUCAGCCACAUUCUCACAAUCGACUUGAAAAUGGUUCAAACCCUGUUUGAACUGCAUUCAGACAGGGGUUGCAUUUAGGGCAGUCAGAGAUGGUUCAAUUCGGAGUAGGCUGUAUUAGGAGCAGGCUAUAUUCAGAGGAAAUUGUAUCCCCAAGGCAGGGCACGUAAACACUAAUGAACACUG